AUGUCACACAUAUAUCCCUCUGUAAUUCGUUUGCAAAUACACCUUCCUAACCAACAAAGCAUAACGUUUUCAGAAAAAUCAAACCUGAGCAAUAUACUUGCGGAUGAACAAAAUCAAAAAACUAUACUGACUGAAUAUUUUGAAAUGAAUAAAAUUGAUACUGAAGCAAAAAAUUAUACAUAUCUCGAAUUCCCGCGCUAUUAUGUAUGGAAUCAAACAGCUAAAAAAUGGACAAAAUGUAACCAGAGAAAAACGAUAGGAAGAAUAUACACAGUUAAUCCAAUCGAGGGAGAACGUUAUUAUUUACGUAUACUUCUCAACAAUAUUAAAGGAGCUACUUCAUUUAAUGAUUUAAAAACAAUUAAUGGUUACCAAUGUUCAACGUUCAAAAAUAGCACAUUAAAACGAAAACUUAUAGAAUCAGAACGAAUGUACUAUGAAACUAUGUAUGAAGCGGCUCACAAUUAUAUAUAUAUGUCAGAAGACUUCGCAAAGAAUGGAAUUCCUGACGGCCAACUCCGAAUCAACGCAGUCCUUCUUCACAUAAAACAUCUUCUCGAACAACAUCAUAAAUGUCUAAAUGACUUCGAUCUUCCUACACUUAUUCUACCAUACGAUCUUCCAAAUGAACUACCAAGACUCAUACUAAACGAAUUAAAUAUUCCUGUAUCAGCUGAAGAUUUAGAAAAAAUUAGACUAUUAAAUGAAAAGCAGAAAUUAAUAUUUGAUACUAUAAUAGAAGGUAUUGAAAAAGAUAAACCUAUCGUAAUUUUUGUCGAUAGACCCACAGGUAUUAUUACAAUUACAAUAGUAAUCGUAUAUACAGUUUUAUAUAAAUAA